CUUCUUUUUUUUUCUAACUCUCUACACAUUUUAAAAAAUGACGGCCACCCUUGCGCCACCCUUUGCCUCAGACAACUCCUCUGUCGAUGAUGGCUGUGGUUACAACGCCAACGUUUUCGCUGGAAAAUCUGAGCAGAUGGUCCAGGUGUGUGCUCAUCUCAAUGAGACUGGUUUCCUUCCCAAGGAAUUGGUAGAGAACGAGGUGUCUUGGUUCUACAACAACCUUGGUAUCGAUGACUUCUACUUUGCUCUCGAGCCCGUCGAGACAAUUGCAAACCACAUCAUGGCCCUCUAUGGUGCCAAGAUUCUCUCUUAUACCAAGCACGAGAACUCCCUCGAGAUUAACCUCGAGAAGGAAUCCGAAGACUCCUCUGUCUAUAUCCACUCUUCCCAGCCUGGUGUUUCCCAGCUCCAGGGUCCCCAGUGUGAGAGAACCAUCGACGAGAAGUACCUCAACACAUCCGUUUCCACCCAGAGCUACCGUGUUGAGUCUUAUCGCUCCUCGGCUACAGUCUCAUCGGACUUGACUUCCCAGAUCCGCUCCUACUUUGUUACCAAGUGCCAGUUUGUCAACCCUGAGCCUACUACCGAACAAGAGACCGAUAUCGAGCAGGUUGCUGACCAGGCUUUCCUCAAGAAGGCUACUGAGCACACCAAGAAGGUUUAUGAGGGUGUUAUGCGCAAUGUUCUCCAGCGCACUGGUCCCGUCAUUGAGAUGUGUGAGGUCCAGGGUAGUCGUGAGCGCCGUUUGAUCAUUGGUUAUCGUCAGAGAAGCACCCAGGGAUUCUUCUCGGCUAUGUCUGAUCUCUAUCAUUACUACAAUCUCUAUUCUGUCCGCAAGUAUGUCGAGCAAUUCUCCAACGGUGUGACCAUCAUGGGUAUCUACCUCAACCCUCUUCCCAACUCAAAAGCUGCCCCCAUUGAGCACUCUAUCCACCAGGUCAUGAAGGAGACCUCGCUCCUUUACUGCUUGCCCAAGACUCCUUUCCAGCAGUUCUUCAAGACAAACCAACUCUCUGUCCAGGAGACCGUUUAUGGUUAUGUCGGCUGGAUUUUCUCUCAACACUUCCUCAACCGUCUUGGUAAAGAAUUCAUGAGCCUCAACACUAUUCUCGACCGCUCCAACCCCGUCCACGAAGAAGUUCUUGGCAAGAUGAAGAAGCGUCUCCGUCAGGAUACCUUCACCCGUGAAUACAUUCUCGAUAUCAUCCAGCUCUACCCCGAGCUUAUCAAGCUGUUGUAUGCCAACUUCGCAAAGGUCCACUAUGUCAACCAGCGCGAGGCCUCCCUUCAGCCCACUAUGUCUUACCAGCGUCUUUCCACCGUCGAGAAUUUGACCGAGGAGCAGUUGGUUAAGAAGAUCAAGAGUGUCACCUCCAACGCCCACGAGCAGCUCGUCUUCGAGGCCUUCUUGACCUUCAACAAGCACGUCCUCAAGACCAACUUCUACCAGUCUACCAAGGUUGCCCUCUCAUUCCGUCUCGACCCCAGCUUCUUGCCCGAGAUUGAGUACCCCUCCAAGCUCUACGGUAUGUUCUUGGUUAUUGGUUCCGAGUUCAGAGGUUUCCACUUGCGUUUCCAGGACGUUGCUCGUGGUGGUAUCCGUAUUAUCCGCUCGCGUAACCGUGAGGCCUAUUCCAUCAACUUGCGCACAUUGUUUGACGAGAACUAUGCUCUCGCUGCUACCCAGCACCGCAAGAACAAGGAUAUCCCCGAAGGUGGAUCAAAGGGUACCAUUCUGUUGAACAUUGACUCCCAGGAUGUUCCUCUUGUUGCAUUUGAAAAGUAUGUUGACUCUGUCCUCGAUCUCCUGAUUAUCGGUCACACUCCUGGUAUCAAGGAGCCCUUGGUCGAUCGCCUUGGUAAGAAUGAGAUUCUCUUCUUUGGUCCUGAUGAGGGUACUGCCGAAUACAUGGACUGGGCUUCCCAGCAUGCCCGCAAGCGCACUGCCAGCUUCUGGAAGGCUUUCACCACCGGCAAGAGCCAGUCUCUUGGUGGUAUUCCCCACGAUGUGUACGGUAUGACUACUCGCUCUGUCCACCAGUACGUUUUGGGUAUCUACCGCUCGUUCGGUCUUGAGGAAGAAAACUGCACCAAGCUCCAGACUGGUGGCCCCGAUGGUGAUCUUGGCUCCAAUGAGAUCUUGAUCUCCAAGGAUAAGACUAUGGCUGUCGUUGAUGGUUCUGGUGUACUGUACGAUCCCCAUGGUAUCAACCGUGAGGAGUUGACUCGCUUGGCUGAAGCCCGUAAGAUGAUCAACAACUUUGAUAUCAGCCUCUUGUCAAGCGAAGGUUUCCGUGUUUUGGUCGAUGAAACAAACGUCACUCUUCCCAAUGGCGAUAUUGUCGAGAAUGGUCUCUUGUUCCGUAACACUUUCCAUGUCAACCCCUUGGCCACUGCCACCAUCUUUGUCCCCUGUGGUGGUCGUCCCGAAUCCAUUGAUCUCAACAAUGUCAAGCAUUUGGUCGCCGAUGAUGGUACCCUUCGUUUCAAGUACAUUGUCGAAGGUGCCAACUUGUUCUUCACUCAGGAGGCCCGUCUCCGCCUCGAGAAGGCUGGUGUUGUGAUCUUCAAGGAUGCCUCGGCUAACAAGGGUGGUGUUACAUCAUCUUCUCUCGAAGUCUUGGCUGCUCUUGCUUUCAACGAUGCCGAGUUUGCCGAGCAUAUGUGUGUCAAGGAUGGUGUUGCCCCUCCUUUCUACGAGGAGUAUGUUAAGGAAGUCCAGAACAUCAUUGAGCGCAAUGCUGCUGCUGAGUUUGAGGCUUUGUGGCGCGAACACAAGAAGUCCAAGGUGCCAAUCUCUAUCCUCUCCGACGAUCUUUCUGUCGCCAUCGUCCAGCUUAACGACCAGCUCCAGACCACCAGUCUCUGGCAUAACGCUUCCCUCCGCGAGACUGUCUUGAACAGAGCUUUCCCCAAGCUCCUCCUCGACACUCUUGGCCUCGAUACCCUCCUCGAGCGUGUUCCCGAAAACUACGUCAAGGCUAUCUUUGGUGCCCACCUUGCUUCCAUGUUCAUCUACAAGUACGGUCCCCACCCCGAUAACUUUGCCUUCUUUGAGUUCAUGCGCGAGGGCUACUACGCUGACGAGUAAAUCCAUAUAUCAAACACAGAAAAUACAAAAAAGGAUGUACUCUAAAGCUCACAAAAACAACAACAACAACAAAUGAAACAAGAAAAGAGUCUUUUUUUUAAAAAAUUUGUUUCUUUUCCUCCAAACUCUUCUUCAACCUAUCUGUAAAAUUGCAUGCCAUUUAUAAUUUUUUAUAAUUUCUUUAUAUCUAUCCCUUUUUAAAAUGAUUUUAUUAUUUUCCAUUUUUUUGCCUAAUAAAUAUCAUUGUCAUCAAUAUCUAUCAAUAAAAUUUUUGCACUAUGUCUUUCAUUGUUAUC